AAUGGUAAUUUACUAGCUCACAUAACCAAAUCACAGAAUGUAAGAGAUGGAUUGGACCUUGGGAAUGACUGAACCCAGAGACAUAAACACUGAUGAAAUUUUCCAUCUAUUACCAGAAGCUAGGGAAGAGGUGCAGGCAGACAAAAAAGAAAAAAGUAAUCUGCAAGCAAAUUGGACAAAAAUUGAUAUUAGACUGGCAUCAAUAUCAGAAGUCCAAAUCAGUGGAUAAAACAUAGAAGUGUAGGGGUAGAAGAUAUUCAAAAUCUUGUAAUCAAUUCACUUUGAAAUGCAUCUAGCAAAAUGGUAGAUGGAUGUAAACAUGGAUGGAGAGAUGCACAUAUGUAUAUUAUGAUAAAGCAAGUAUAGUAAAAUGUUAAAGGUAGAAUCUUGGUGGUGGGCAUAUAGGUGUUCACCAUAACAUUCUUUCAACCUUUCUCUAUAUUUGACAUUUUUGUAACAAAAUUUUGGGGGGAAAAAAUCAAGCAGGAGAACUGCAUCAUGGCUGUAGUAAUUAGCCCUUUGUCAAGAUUCCAGUCCUAAACUGAAGGUACAGGAAACAUAUCUUACACUCCAGGGAAAGGGAGGAUUGACAAAAGCUAUUCAUUUGUACAGAAUAUGUAAGUAUUUAUUGAGUUCCCACCUGGCAGCAAGAUCAAGGUGUUAAAGGGAAAUCACAUAUAGACCUGCAGAGUUAUAGCACAAGGUAAGAAGUGACCAUUCUUGUUUGGAAAUGCAAGGGGAAUGACAGGUGAAAAUGACUGUCCCACUGACUAAAUCAGCUUCUAUUGGGUAUCAGCGCACCACACACCAUUUCACAUGCCCUGAUUUCUCACUUGGACAACCAACUGGGUGAUGGCAUCCUUAAGUGACAUAGGAAAAUAACAUAGGAAUAUAUUUGUGGUGGGUGACAACUUUUGAAUUUUCUGUGGUAUCUGAAAGGUGUUUGUCUAAGUACAGACGACCAAUAGGUCCAGAAUUCAGGAAAAAUCUUGAGUAUUUGGAGAUUAGGAGUCAUCAUUAUAAAAAUAGUAUGAGAAACAGAGAUCUUGGGUAAGAGCAUGCAAAGAGAGAGUGUAUAAUGAAAAGAAAUUAUCGCUUCUUUCAUUUUUUUAUCCACUCAUCAAACUGUCACUGCGUGUCACUAGAACUACGAAUAAAAAGUAACAAUGUUUCCCAGGAGUUUAUAACUUCUUGAUGGUGAAAUCCAAUGAUCUAUUUUCAAUCCCAAAUGUGUUUAACAUAAUUCUAUACAGCAUAUACUUGGUUGGCUACUUCUUCAUUGGAAAGCUCUCCUCUGGUGACAUUCCAAUUACUAUUUUCCUCACUUCCCCCUUUCAGUCUCUUACUGAAACUUAGAAUGUGACAUUCACAGGAAUCCAUUCUUGGUCUUUAAAUCUUCAUCUCUAACUCCAAUUUCCACAGUUAGGCUUUAUGUCAAACGGACUAUAUAAAGUUCAACAGUUAGUUUAAAACUAAAACUUGUGCUGGUAGUACAACAUGAGCAAUACUGACCAUCUUGGGGACAGAUUGAUCUAGUUUGUGAGGACCAUAAUUGCUUUAAACUCUCAGCGUAUUUUCUCAUGUCCUGAAAAUGGUGACGAAAAUAUUUGAUUUUCAAGGCGACUGUUGAUGAUUCAUUCACCAAUGUAAAGCACUAGUGCCCCGCACUCGUAAUCCAUAACUUGAGAUGAACACACCAAAUUAUAAAUAUCUUAUUCACCUAAUCGGUGGAAAGUUUGUAACACCAAAAUAUUAACUUCUGUUCUUGAUCACUCAGCCUCCAUAGUUAUUCAUGUUGCAUGAUCUGAUUCGCUCUUUUAGAAUUUCUCAUAUCGUCAGGUACUAGCUCAAAGUAACAGGAGCAACUUCUUUCUAUAUCCCACAUUGAGGAAAACACAUCUUGCAAGCCGUCUUAAAGAAACAGGUCAACUUAGUUUAGGGAUGAAACUUAAAAGCUUCGUCACAAAAAACACAGUUCAACACCACCUCGCCUGUCUGCAGGCAGCUCAGAGGAGAAGAAGUGAGGCCAAGACAUAUUUCACGCAGCACAGACGAAACCCCAGCUUUUAUCUUUCCCGCUGGUCCUUAAGGGACCAACCGUACUGAUUUUCCGUCAUGUUCCGCGCCACUUCCGUUCGCGCACUUUAAUUACGUCAGGCAUCCUCUCUCGCGGUAUCAUCCGGUUGCGGAGGCCCUGUAAUAAAGGUCUCGCGAAAUUUGUUCUAGAGGUCCAAGCUUGCUUCUUAGCUUACUCCACCCCACCCACAACCUGUCCCUCCUUUUCUUUCCAAGUCACAAAAUUCUCCCCUCCCCUACCCCGGAGUUUACGGCCCUCCUCCUGUUUCCGAUUUAAGCCCGGAACCGGAAGUGUAGUGGGCGGGGCCCGUCGGCGGAAAACGCAGCGGAGCCAGAGCCGGACACGGCUGUGGCCGCUGCCUCUACCCCCCGUCACGGGUCGCUGGGUAGUAGGACUGCGCGGCUCCAGGCUGAGGGUCGGUCCGGAGGCGGGUGGGCGCGGGUCUCACCCGGAUUGUCCGGGCGGCACCGUUCCCGGCCCCACCGGGCGCCGCGAGGGAUCAUGUCUACAGCCUCUGCCGCCUCCUCCUCCUCCUCGUCUUCGGCCGGUGAGAUGAUCGAAGCCCCUUCUCAGGUCCUCAACUUUGAAGAGAUCGACUACAAGGAGAUCGAGGUGGAAGAGGUUGUUGGAAGAGGAGCCUUUGGAGUUGUUUGCAAAGCUAAGUGGAGAGCAAAAGAUGUUGCUAUUAAACAAAUAGAAAGUGAAUCUGAGAGGAAAGCAUUUAUUGUAGAGCUUCGGCAGUUAUCCCGUGUGAACCAUCCUAAUAUUGUAAAGCUUUAUGGAGCCUGCUUGAAUCCAGUGUGUCUUGUGAUGGAAUAUGCUGAAGGGGGCUCUUUAUACAAUGUGCUGCAUGGUGCUGAACCAUUGCCGUAUUACACUGCUGCCCACGCAAUGAGUUGGUGUUUACAGUGUUCCCAAGGAGUGGCUUAUCUUCACAGCAUGCAACCCAAAGCGCUCAUUCACAGGGACCUGAAACCACCAAACUUACUGCUGGUUGCAGGGGGGACAGUUCUAAAAAUUUGUGAUUUUGGUACAGCCUGUGACAUUCAGACACACAUGACCAAUAACAAGGGGAGUGCUGCUUGGAUGGCACCUGAAGUUUUUGAAGGUAGUAAUUACAGUGAAAAAUGUGACGUCUUCAGCUGGGGUAUUAUUCUUUGGGAAGUGAUAACGCGUCGGAAACCCUUUGAUGAGAUUGGUGGCCCAGCUUUCCGAAUCAUGUGGGCUGUUCAUAAUGGUACUCGACCACCACUGAUCAAAAAUUUACCUAAGCCCAUUGAGAGCCUGAUGACUCGUUGUUGGUCUAAAGAUCCUUCCCAGCGCCCUUCAAUGGAGGAAAUUGUGAAAAUAAUGACUCACUUGAUGCGGUACUUUCCAGGAGCAGAUGAGCCAUUACAGUAUCCUUGUCAGUAUUCAGAUGAAGGACAGAGCAACUCUGCCACCAGUACAGGCUCAUUCAUGGACAUUGCUUCUACAAAUACGAGUAACAAAAGUGACACUAAUAUGGAGCAAGUUCCUGCCACAAAUGAUACUAUUAAGCGCUUAGAAUCAAAAUUGUUGAAAAAUCAGGCAAAGCAACAGAGUGAAUCUGGACGUUUAAGCUUGGGAGCCUCCCGUGGGAGCAGUGUGGAGAGCUUGCCCCCAACCUCUGAGGGCAAGAGGAUGAGUGCUGACAUGUCUGAAAUAGAAGCUAGGAUCGCUGCAACCACAGCCUAUUCCAAGCCUAAACGGGGCCACCGUAAAACCGCUUCAUUUGGCAACAUUCUGGAUGUCCCUGAGAUCGUCAUAUCAGGCAACGGACAGCCAAGACGUAGAUCCAUCCAAGACUUGACUGUAACUGGAACAGAACCUGGUCAGGUGAGCAGUAGGUCAUCCAGUCCCAGUGUCAGAAUGAUUACUACCUCAGGACCAACCUCAGAAAAGCCAACUCGAAGUCAUCCAUGGACCCCUGAUGAUUCCACAGAUACCAAUGGAUCAGAUAACUCCAUCCCAAUGGCUUAUCUUACACUGGAUCACCAACUACAGGCAAGAACUAGUUGCAGAACUAGACCAGGAUGAAAAGGACCAGCAAAAUACAUCUCGCCUGGUACAGGAACAUAAAAAGCUUUUAGAUGAAAACAAAAGUCUUUCUACUUACUACCAGCAAUGCAAAAAACAACUAGAGGUCAUCAGAAGUCAGCAGCAGAAACGACAAGGCACUUCAUGAUUCUCUGGGACCGUUACAUUUUGAAAUAUGCAAAGAAAGACUUUUUUUUUAAGGAAAGGAAAACCUUAUAAUGACAAUUCAUGAGUGUUAGCUUUUUGGCGUGUUCUGAAUGCCAACUGCCUAUAUUUGCUGCAUUUGUUUCGUUGUUUAUUUUCCUUUACUCAUGGUGGACAUACAAUUUUACUGUUUCAUUGCAUAACAUGGUAGCAUCUGUGACUUGAAUGAGCAGCACUUUGCAACUUCAAAACAGGUGCAGUGAACUGUGGCUGUAUAUGCAUGCUCAUUGUGUGAAGGCUAGCCUAACAGAGCAGGAGGUAUCAAACUAGCUGCUAUGUGCAAACAUUGUCCAUUUUUUCAUAUUAGAGGUAGAACCUCAAGAAUGACUUUAUUCUUGUAUCUCAUCUCAAAAUAUUAAUAAUUUUUUCCCAAAAGAUGGUAUAUACCAAGUUAAAGACAGGGUAUUAUAAAUUUAGAGUGAUUGGUGGUAUAUUACGGAAAUACGGAACCUUUAGGGAUAGUUCUGUGUAAGGGCUUUGAUGCCAGCAUCCUUGGAUCAGUACUGAACUCAGUUCCAUCCGUAAAAUAUGUAAAGGUAAGUGGCAGCUGCUCUAUUUAAUGGAAGCAGUUUUACCGGAUUUUGUUAGACUAAAAUUUGAUUGUGAUACAUUGAACAAAAUGGAACUCUUUUUUUUUUUAAGGAGUAAAGAUUUUUAAUUCUGUGAUUGUGUGUAUGUGUGUUGAAACUGUAAAGCUUUUAUGACUCUAAUAUUAAUCUCUUAAAUGAAAUUAAAAGGCAAAAGAACAUGAUUGAGCUUAAAUGAUCAUUUCUUCCUGCAGUGAUUCUUGGAUUGUUUUCUCAUGUAUUUGGAAAAAAAAAAUGAAGAAAAAUAAUGGAAAAUGGAAGUAAUUACUCCAGCUAAAAAAGGCUUGGGCUUAGAUUUCUUUUUAUGAUACCAAAUGAGAAAUAAACCAGGCAAAUCAGAAGGAAGUUAAAGAAGUAAAUGUAAAUUCAACAAGUAUCCUAAUUAUCCUGGAUAUUGGAAUAUUUGAUUUUCCUUACAAUCCCGUUCUAGAAUGCCUGCCGCCUUUCAACACUUUUAAGAGAAUUUCAACACUUAUAGAGUAUUUAUAUUGUUAACAGUAAUUUUGCUACCAAAACCUUCAGAAUAACUUUAAUAAUAAAAUGACAUUGAAAUAAUAGACUAUACAAACUCUAUAUUUUUUCAGUUGGUGUUAAAAUAAGUCAUAUUUUGAUACCAAUACAAGAUGUCUUUUUUAAAUAAGGAUGUCAUCAAUCUGAUUUUAUAGCAUUAAUGUUUUAAGAAGAAAAAGUUCAAAAUGAAAGCAUUAAUUGCUGUGAUUAUUAGAAUUCUAUCAUGACUGUAUUGUAGUUUUUGCUCUAUUCCCGAUAAGCAAGAUCUAAGAAGUUAUCAAAACUAUUCUUUAAAAUGCUAAAGCAGGUAACUUUUUCUUCCAUUAUUUUUUCCUCCUACUGCUGAGUUUUAUAAUGAAUUCCUUGUGUAUACAAGCAAUACAGGUGAAGGACAGUUUGUACUAAACUGUUAUUUUUAGCUUCUUCAAAAGCUAUUUUAGAAAGCUUCCUGGAAAUAAAUGUCUUCUAUCAUUUAAUUUAAAUAAAAGGAGUGUUAUUGUUCCCAAAUUUGAUUACCUAGCUGAAACAGAUAUUGGGUUCAGCAUAGUAAUAGUAAAAUAAAAUUGGCAGAGAAAAUAACUGUAGACGAGGAUAAAGCAUGACUCCUCCAUAGCAUUGUUGCUUGUAUGUACAUCUGUCACUCCACUGAAAGGGACCUAGUCACUUUAAAGAGGCCUUUUAUCUCAGAGCACAAGAUAUCCAAGCGUGAAUGCUAAGGCUUGAUGUUUCCAUUAGGAUUUAGCAUUCGAGAUUUCAGAUUUUAUUUAUAGUCAUUGAUGUGUUUUGCUGUAUCAUAACACGUUUAAAGGGAAAUUUUAUUAUGGUUUUUACAUGUAGUCAUUUCAUAAAAAUAUCCAAAUAGGUAAAUGGAAGAAAAUAGUAGAUUUUAGUCAUGGUACCAAAUGCAAGAGGCUGUUGAACAGUUGCUUGUUUGUUUACAGUAAGUUCCUUGGGAUUUUCAGUACUGUAGUUGCCCUGGACAUUGAGUACAGUUCAGCCUUACUCUGUUUUUAAGUAGUUGUGUUGUCAAUUUCAUGCUUUUAAGUCCUGAUGAUCCCUGGAGAUGGGAGAAAAAGAUACCCAGGGAUAAUUAAAUCCACAGCCAGUUUCAUCAGUGUCCUCAUCCAUCAAACCUGCAAAUAAAAAUGUUAACAAGGAGCCAAACUUAUUCGUUCUGGUUUUACAAUUUAUUUUGACUAUUUUUUGGGGUGGAAAUUGCAAACAGCCAAGCAAGUGGCUGGAAUGCCCCAGUCUAAGAAAUUCAAAAACAAUCACUGAGUAAGCCCUAAUUACAUUUGACUCUUGCCUCCAGGGAAAACAAGCAAGCUUUUCUCUAAUCUAGAGGGAAGUAUUCGUGAGCAAUAAAAAUCACUUUUUUGAGUUGAAUAAUAAUCAGUUAAGAAUAUUUACCAUAUAGCAACACAACAUAUAAAGAUUUGUUAAAAGUUGUUUACAAAUGUUUGACUAUUUUUGCUGAAGUAUUUUAGAGUAUUGAAUGUCUUCUCUCUUCAAGUUUCUUUCAUGUUCCUAAUUUCAGCUCCUGUAGCCAGAGAUCACAGGUCUUCCCUGUGAAACUUUGGUUUCUUUCUAUAAAUGUGUGUGGUUUUCAGCGCUCAACUCCUGUCUUCAAAUGGUAGUAAGUUCUACUUCUACUUCUGUCAUUGAGAACAUUUUAUGUCAAAUGAUGUAAUGCAGAAAUCCUUGUGCAUAUUUGUAACUGAAGGAAGCUUUUUAGAUUUAUUUUUGUUUUUAAUAAAAUUCAGAUUCCUAUUCUAAA